AUGGCAAUGGUGCAAAGCCAGAGCGAUGUGGUGCUCUCGCUUGGCGCCGAUGUGUUGCCCGAGUACAAACUGCAAAAGCCCCGCGUCCACAAGUGGACGAUCCUCCACUACAGUCCCUUCAAAGCGGUGUGGGACUGGAUUAUCCUGCUGCUCGUCAUCUACACGGCCAUCUUCACGCCAUACGUGGCGGCCUUCCUGUUGAGCGAGGAGCGGCUGGACAAUGACGGCCCCAUCGUCAUCAUCGACCUUGUUGUCGACGUCAUGUUCAUCAUCGACAUCCUCAUCAACUUCCGCACCACCUACGUCAAUUCCAACGACGAAGUCGUCAGCCACCCGGGCAAGAUCGCCGUCCAUUACCUGCGCGGAUGGUUCAUCAUUGACGUCGUCGCCGCGAUACCCUUCGACCUGUUGCUCGUUGGGAAGAAUUCGGAUGAGACGACGACUCUGAUAGGCCUGCUGAAAACGGCCCGCCUGCUCCGACUCGUCCGAGUGGCCCGUAAAAUCGAUCGCUACUCAGAGUACGGGGCCGCGGUGCUGCUGCUGCUGGUGGCAACUUUCGCGCUGAUUGCCCAUUGGCUCGCGUGCAUUUGGUACGCCAUAGCAAACGCGGAACGCUCUAUGCAGGAACCCAAAAUCGGCUGGCUGGACGCGCUGGCCAACAUGACGCACCAGUUCUACAACAACUCGCAAGGGGGACCGAGCAUCAAGUCCAAGUAUGUGACCGCCCUCUACUUUACCUUCUCCAGCCUGACGAGUGUCGGAUUCGGCAACGUCUCGCCCAACACCAACAUGGAGAAGAUCUUCGCCAUUAUCGUCAUGCUGGUCGGAUCGCUCAUGUACGCGAGUAUAUUUGGUAAUGUUUCUGCUAUCAUCCAACGACUGUACUCCGGUACUGCUCGAUACCAUACGCAACUCCUAAGAGUGAAAGAAUUUAUAAGGUUCCAUCAAAUCCCAAAUCCCCUCCGUCAAAGGCUAGAAGAAUACUUUCAACAUGCGUGGACUUACACCAAUGGAAUCGAUAUGAACAUGGUGCUAAAAGGAUUUCCAGAGUGCCUGCAGGCAGAUAUAUGCUUGCACCUGAAUCGAAAUCUGCUCAAUACUUGCCCAGCGUUCAAAGGAGCAAGCCCCGGCUGCUUGAGAGCCUUAUCCAUGAAGUUCAAGACGACGCAUGCGCCGCCGGGUGACACCCUCGUUCACAGGGGCGACGUGCUCACUUCACUUUACUUCAUCUCACGUGGGACCAUCGAGAUCAUCAAGGACGAUGUCGUAAUGGCCAUCUUAAGCAAAGACGACAUCUUUGGGGAGAACCCUUGUAUUCAUACGAGCGUGGGCAAGUCUAAUUCCAACGUUCGAGCUCUUACAUACUGCGACCUGCACAAGAUCCUUCGCGAAGAUUUGCUUGACGUUCUCGACAUGUAUCCCGAGUUUCGGGAAAAUUUUUCUACCAACCUCGAAAUCACAUUUGUGCUUAGAGAUGGCGAUCAAGCAGGAGUCGACCCAGAACUAUUUAGAAACAAAUUGACGUAUAGACCAGCAAGUGUAUCCGAAGAUGAGGAUCCGCGAAUUUAUGCAUACCAGUACCCACGGCCUAGGAGAAAACGCACCAACCGGCGAUCAGUAAUGUUGAGCGAAGGAGGCAUCCCUGGCUUCAGUGACUACGAAGACGAGGAUGACCACCGGCAAUUCAGCGGUAACGGCACCAUCGAGUUCACGCCGGACAAGGCAGGGCUGGACAUCACACCCGCUAACCUCGACUUUGUCGGCAGAGAGGCCAAGAAGAGUGGUGUCCGGCACUCCAUAUCCGAUGCUAUCGAGAGCGUCACGAACUUGACGAAUGCGAUGUUCGGUGGCAGCAGUUCGUCAAAGAUUCGCUCCAGGUGUCACAGUCCUCCGCUCAAUCCCAAAGGGUCUAGCGCUCAAGAUUUGAGGGUCGAGAUAUGGACUCGGCCUGCCACCUUAACACGUUCGUCCACCUCCCUCAAGCACUUUAAAGAGAGAGCACCACUCUUGGCAUCCUCAGAUCAAGCUUCGGGGAGCGCUUCCCUAGUGUCUCGCAAGAUGGCAGUUCUGGUGAGUCCUCUCCAGGUGCCGUGUGGUCUGCUUGGCGACGAAGAGCAAGGCGAAGAAGGUGCCGACGGCGACGUCGAGGAUGGGGAAGACGUCGAAAAAGGAGACGGCACUGCGUCGGGUCGAUCCAGGUCCAGGUUAUCCAAGUCCAGCCAUGGUAGACACACCACGACGAGCUCUGCACCACAGACCACGUCGAGUGGUCACAAGUCCACUUCAUCUUCGAUGACCAUUCCUCUUUCUUGUAGUUCCAGCAACGCCCAGACCCCGGGUGACGAACUCAGUCCCGACCUUCCUGUGGGUGAUCAAUCCACCGAUGAGCUUUGCAAGUUGGAAGUUCGCAUCGACGAUCUGUCGAAGCAAGUGCAGAAUCUGGAAGACAAACUGAGCACCGAUCUCCAGGGCCUGAUGCAGCUACUGAAUCAGCUGAUAGUGGUGAGGGGCCUGCCCCCCUUCGACCAGACUUCCUCCAUUCCAGCCGACCUUCCAGCACCCCCCGCGCAUCACGUGACAGCCUCCUUCCGCUCCAGUUCAGUGCAGCUGCCGGAGAAGCAGCCCCGGGUGCGUGUGUUCCGGAGAGCAGUAAGCCUGCAGGGCGCCCCUGCCGACGGGACAUCCCUGCGACAACUCUCCGCCAGGGGGAGCAAAUCUCAAGAAGAGCUUGUGGAUGAUAUUCCAGAGGCCAUAGCUGAAGAGCCGGCAGUCCUUCCUUCUCAAGCCAAAACCGUGCCUCCCUCUCCGGUGACAGAAAGCGUUCCACUAUUUCCGGAGAGGUGUCGAUCGCAGCCCCCUCUCAACAAGAUUAAAUCAAAGUCCGCCGAGAGCGGUUCUGUUGAAAAAAUCGAGCUGCAAAUCCUAACGACGCCGAAAUUUUCCGAACAAGAGGAGCCUCCCAAUCAAGACGAAAAUUCGGCAAACAGACUCCGAGCCUCCCCGACGAUCACCGAACAGCCAUCCGUGAAUGUUGCGCCUCACGACGUCUCUUCGUCGAAGACUGAAGCGAGGAGUCGAAGCGUCGAAGACUUACCAAAAAAGCCAAAAACGUUCGUUUUCAGAGACUCAAAGUCUUCGGACGUAUGA